GAACAAGCAAGAACACGUCUGUGAAUAAAAUGCACUAAAUGCAGGAAGUGUUUUGAAGUACGUUAACUUAUUCAGAUAGUUAGCAUCUCUCAUUCUGAAUCCACGGUGACACAUUUGAGAUCAAAAACCAUGGGUGUGAGAGGACUCACAAGUUACAUUGAAGGAAAUAAGAAACAGUUUUAUGAGGGACGAAAGCUAAAAAACACCAAACUUGUAAUUGAUGGAAACAACUUGCUCUGCAACUUGUACAUCGAAUCAGGCUUGGACCAGCGGCACGGGGGAGACUAUGAAUCCUUCGCAAACAUCAUCCAACAAUUCUUUGAGACCCUUACCACCUGCAACAUAGAGCCCUUUGUCGUGAUGGAUGGGGCGAUUGAUUACAGUGGCAAGAAAUUUCCAACACUAAUAGAGCGAGCCCAGGGCAGGAUCGAGGAGGCUGGCAAGAUAUCAAGUGGGAAGGCAAGGCAGACCAAUAUUUCGACCACACUCCUCUCCAGAACGGUCUUCAGACAGAAGCUGUCCAGCCUUAAUGUCCCCUUUAUCUACUGCAUGUUCGAGGCUGACCAAGAGAUUGCCUGCUUGGCCAACGAGUGGAACUGCACAGUGCUAAGCAAGGACAGUGAUUUCUAUAUCUUCGACUUGAAGGGUGGGUACCUCCCAUACGAGUUUUUCGAGUGGCACAACAUCAGCAUGUGCCAGGAGAACAAGGAAAGGUACAUUCCAGUCUCCCAUUUCUCCAUCAACAAUUUCUGUGCCUGCUUCAAUCACAUGAACAAAGAGCUGGUCCCUCUUUUUGCGGUGAUUGUUGGCAAUGACUACACCAGCCUAAGGUCCAUGGAUGCGUUUUUCAGCCGGGUUAACUUCUCGCAAGUGGCCCAGCCUGCAUACAGCAGGAUGCACGCCCGCAUUAAUGGCCUGCUCCACUGGCUGUCCCAAUUCCCUGGGCCGGAGGAAGCGAUGGAUGAAGUUCUUGUCCGAGACAGUGCCCAGGAUAUCACUCAGGAUAUAAUCUCCGGAAUGCAGGAGUACAAAGUCUCCCACAGCAACCUGGCGCAGUACUUCAUGCACGGAGCUGCAGUGGACAACCUGGCAAAAUACUACACACCAGCCAACCUCCCGGAGCCUGUGAGACACUUGCCCGAAUGGCUGCUGGAUAGACUGUCCAGGGGCCACUUGCCCUCUUUCAUUCUUGACGUCCUGGUGCUGCAGAAAACCAUACUGGGAGUGCAGGUGGAGAACUGCCAGCUUCCCAGCAGCCACACAACCUCCCUGCCAAUCCGCCAGGUCUUCUAUGGCCUGCUUCUGGAUGGGAAUCGGAAGCUUCUCCAGGGGCAGGACAGCGAGCAGGGAGAGACCACAAAUCCAACCGAGGGCAGCCCGCUUUACCAUGUGCAGGAGUUUGACAGGCUGGGUCUCAAAUUCAGGGGAGCCUUCAUUGACGCCAUUCUUCCAACUGGGAUCCAGCAGCUGCCUCUGGAGAAACUGAAUGAGGUUCUCCUGGAGACUCUGGGAGCAGACGAGUCCAUUACUAUAGCCGAUCGCCCCCACCUCAAUUUACCUGUAUGUGUCACCUGCUACUGGCUAAGCAGCUCCAAGCCCAAACCUAACCUGCAGAUGGUCCAGGCUCUGCUGCUGGGCAUUGUGUAUGGAGAACUCUGCAGACUUGGAGGCAGCCAGAGAGGGCCAGCGGCUGAGUACCCAGGCUUGAGGGCAGUCUGUGAUAGGCUGGGCAGACUACGGGUCAGAGCGAAUAAGAGGAGAGGGCCUGAUUUGGACGUGGCCCAUGCUUACAGCCAGUGGCAGUCCUGCCUGUGGAUGAGCAUCUACCUGAACCAGCUGCUCUGCAGUCCACUUCCAGAGCCAGAGUGUGCCUGGCUGUACAGUGGGACAUUCGUGCACGGUGCUGUGGUGGAGAUGAAGUGGGGCAGUACCCCAGAGGACCUGCUGAUGGGAGCCCCCUUUCCUGCACAGCUCUACAUGGACAUCCAAGUGGCGGUGCAGCGCUCUACUAAAGGUUACGGUUAUGUUUUCGUGGAAUGCAUGCCGACUGUCGAAGAACAUCUGGAGGUGCACGUGGUGGGGAUGGAGGAUGGAGAGACCCACAACACCAUCAUCGCAGUGGCUGAGGCAGAAGCCUCCAGCCAGCUCUGCCAUGGAGAGGAGGCCAUCCCCAGCAUUGUUGUGAUGGUGGAUGUGGUGGAGUUGGAGGAUGUAGUGACCCACAACACCAUCAUCGCUGUGGCUGAGGCAGAAGCCUCCAGCCAGCUCUGCCAUGGAGAGGAGGCUGUCCUCAGCACUGGUGUGGCGGUGGAUGCGAUGGAGUUGGAGGAUGUAGAGACCUAUGACACCUCCACCAUCGCAGUGGCAGAGGCAGAAGCCUCCAGUGAGCUCUGCCCUGGAGAGGAGGCUGUCCCCAGCACUGGUGUGGCAGUGGAUGCAGAGGUUGUCUGUGCUGCAGAUGAAGAGAUGGGGGCGCUGGGAGGUGGGGAAGCAGCCCAUCAGCCAGAGAGCCUCCCACAGACCUACCCCUACCCAACCACUCCCCAGCCUAUACCCCCACCCAACCAUCCCCCAGCCGAUACCUCCAUCCACCCACAUGAGAGGCAGAGGCUGGCCAUUUACCUAUCGCGGUAA